AUGGGGGGCUUCGGCCACUGCAAGGCCCUGCCCCGCCGGGACCUCUGGGGGCCCCCGCCGCCCGGCUCAGAGGGCGAGUCCACGCUGCGGCUGGGCGGGCCGGGGCCCGGGACCGAGCCCGCCCCGUGCUGCUGGGCAAGGACUCCGGGCGCGGGGAGGGAGGAUGGGGCGCCCUGGCUGCACCCGCGCUGUCUGCCCACCUCGCGACCUCGCGGGUGCGGGUACGCAGCCUCACCGCGGGGAAGCCGCAGCCUGAGCGACGUGGCCGGGAGGGCCCCGGACCGCGCUAGAAAGCACCCGCCACGCUUCAGGCGCCUGGAAGGUGCCUGGGGGGAGGCCGGGACCAAGCGCAGCCGCGGCUGGCAGCAGGAGUCCCCGCCGCAGCCCUGCGCGCACUCCCCGCUGGCCCAGGGAGACUCGCCUCCGCCUUACCACGGGAGAGCGUGCACUGCCCCGAGCGGAGCUGGCGGACUGGAAAAGGCACAGAGUGGGGGCCAGUGGGCAGCGCCGGUCUGCAGACAUCUGGGUCGCUGGUCUUCUUCCUCAGUUCCCACGGAGAAGUCUUCUGUGCUCUCCCAAAAGUUCAGGACGCGGUCCGCCUGCGUGUGCGCCCGGCGGAGAGACAGCAGCGACCUGGCCGCGUCGGUAGCCAGUCCUCACUCCCAGCCCUCGGUCUCCAGCAGAGAGAUGCAGAGCCAGCACGCCCAGACCCUCAAGAACAAGCUGGAAGAGGCGGUGAUGUCCUCCACGGACCAGAAGAUCGUGGCCCUGGUGCUGGCCCGCCUCGAAAAGUCCCAGAGGAUGCGGGAGCUGCAGCAGCAGGCGGCUGAGGCCUGGGAGGAGCUGAAGCGCUCGGACCAGCAGGUCCACGUGACCCUGGAGAGGGAGCGCAGGCUGCUGCUGCUGCACAGCCAGGAGCAGUGGCGGCGGGAGAAGGACCAGCGUAAGACCCGCCCGUGCCGCGAGAAGCGUGGCCGGCGGCGGGACAGCCAGGUGAAGGACACGGUCCAGGAGGAGAGCUGGUGGAGGGCGGAAUUGGAGGACCGGGCGAAUCAGCGCCAGGAGAGGCUGGAGAAGGUGCGCGCCCAGGCUGAGCACCGCAAGCAGUGCCAGAGGCAGCGGCUGCUGGAGCAGGAGAGGACGCUGCGGAGCCUGCAGGAGCAGCACAGCCUGCACCUGCAGGAGAAGCUGGAGGAGGCCUGUCACAAGAGGCACCUGCGCGCCAUGGAGUGCCAGAAGAAGGUCCAGGAGACCAACCUGAGCUCCCUCGUCAAUUACCAGGCGCGGAAGGUCCUCAUGGACUGCCAGGCCAAGGCCGAGGAGCUCCUUAGGAAGCUGUCGCUGGAGCAGAGGUUCCAGCGGUUCCAAGAGAUCCACCAGGGCCUGAUUGAGGAGCGGCACCGAGAGCUAAGGGACAAGGCCCAGAAGGAGGAAGAGCAGCUCCAGCAGGUCAUGUGGCGCGCGGGAGAGUCCGAGGAGCAGAGGAAGGCCCACAAGAGGAUACUGGUGGAGUUGGCAGAUCAGAAGAUCCGGCAGGCCAGGAGUCACGUGCACCAGACCACCAGGGACAAAGUGCAGCACCUCCAGGAGCUCAGUGUCCUGCGGGAGAAGAACCACCACGUCCUGAAGCUGAACGCCGAGAAGGAGGAAAAGUGCCACAUCGAGGGCAUCAAGGAAGCCAUUAAGAAAAAGGGGCAGAGGGUGCGGCGGAGCUCCCAAGGGAAAGACCCGGCCUUGGAGGAGUUCCAGAACAUCCCCCGGGCCUCCAGGAGAGACACCAGAGCGCUUCCCAACAGCUGCUUUGAUCAGCUGGCGCUGGAGGCCCAGCUGUGCGCCCGCCAGCCGCAAGGGAGCCACGGAGAACCCGGGACGCGUGGCUCACAACCCGGCAGCCGGAAAGAGGUGGCAAUGGGAUUCGUUUUAUAA